AUUUGAGCCAGUAACACACAGCCAGUCAUCAGCCGCUCAGCCAAAACCACCGCUCCUUCAUCACCACAGGUACCGACAUGGGGAAGACAGGUGGACGGGAGGAUUUUGAAUGGGUUUACACCGACCAACCCCACACGUCGAGGAGGAAGGAAAUAUUAGCCAAGUAUCCCGAGAUCAAGUCCUUGAUGGGUGCUGACCCCCAGCUGAAGUGGGUUGUGUCUGGCAUGGUACUGACCCAGCUCCUGGCCUGUUACCUAAUCCACGACCUGCCCUGGAAGUGGGUCUUCUUCUGGGCCUAUGCAUUUGGAGGCUGCAUCAACCACUCCCUGACGCUGGCCAUUCAUGACAUCUCCCACAAUGUGGCCUUUGGAAACAAGCUGGCGCGUCUCAACCGCUGGUUUGCGAUGUGGGCCAACCUGCCCAUUGGCUUGCCUUACUCCGCCUCCUUCAAGAAGUACCACGUCGACCACCACCGCUACUUGGGAGGGGACGGGCUGGAUGUGGACAUCCCCACCUCUCUGGAGGGAUGGUUUUUCUGCACCCCCCCGAGGAAAGUGCUCUGGCUCUUCCUCCAGCCUUUUUUUUACGCCAUACGCCCCCUAGUGGUCAACCCCAAACCCAUCGGCCAGCUGGAGAUUCUCAAUGCUGCCGUCCAGUUAUCUGCUGACCUCCUGCUUUACUACUUUUGGGGUGUUAAACCCCUCGUCUACCUCAUCGCCGGGUCGAUCUUGUGUAUGGGAUUGCAUCCCAUUUCAGGACAUUUCAUAGCAGAACAUUAUAUGUUCCUGAAGGGCCAUGAAACCUACUCGUACUAUGGCGCUCUCAACUGCAUCACCUUCAAUGUUGGAUACCACAUGGAGCACCAUGACUUCCCAAGCAUUCCCGGCAGCAGGCUGCCUCAGGUGAAAAAGAUUGCUGCUGAGUUCUAUGACUUGCUGCCGCAACACAGUUCCUGGACCAGGGUGUUGUGGGACUUUGUGUUUGAUGACAGCAUUGGCCCCUAUGCAAGGAUCAAGAGGGAGUACAAGCUUGUCAAGAAGGAGUAAUUGCUAUUACAACACAACCAACCCAGCAUCCAAUCUUCUCUAUCAAUGGAGAUUGAAACAGUGAAGCUUACAGCAGGCACAGUCAAGACUUCCUAAGCACAAUAAAGGUCCAAUCUAUCAAGUCUCUUAAAUGAGGACCACUUGUCAAUUGAUUAAAAUUAUUUUGACCUGUUCCUAGAUCAGUAUUCUUUAAUUGUGAGACAUUCGUUAAUACAGGCCCAGGCCUAAGUCGCAUGAAAGCUUCCUGUUUAGCCUGUUUGAGUCCAUUUGUCAUAAUGCUGUGUAUAGCUUUCAGGACUGGCCUGCAUUGUGACAGAGGUGAUUAGAAUCUGUAAGGAAGUGUUAGGUUAGUUGGACCUGUUAGAACGUGUUACACUGUUAUAGAAGUUACUCUUAUUAAGAAGAAACAGACCAAUACAAUAUACAAACAUUCAGACAGUCCUAAACCAAUCCUAUCUAAUUCUAUACUACAUGGAGUGUUGGAGCUCAGCAGUUAGAGAAUUUGACUGCAGAGCUAGAGGUUAGGUUUGCUAAAUUAAUACGUUACAUUAAAUUACAUAUCCACUGAAUGGUGCUGAGGUGAACUUGCAGUGAAACUCACUUGGCAGUGAGCAGAGACAGUUCUACAGUGAAGCUCCAUUCUGGUUGAAUCACAGUGAUGUCACUGCAUCCGGGAGACAAACUGUUUGGAUUUGAAGCACUGUCAUUUUGUCUUUACAAUGUACUGUUUUCAAUAUUGGAUGAUAGUGUACUAAAGUUUGAGUUAGAAUUGACUAACACUGAGAUGGCAUCAGAGAAUAUUUCUUUGUAAGAGAUCCAUAUUAAAUAUUAUUAACUUGAA